UUUGCAAAACAGUCGGCGAUUUUACGACAACAAUUUAAAAUAGUUUAAAACAGUUUUAAUUAUAACGAUAAUGGUAUAAAUCUUACUAAAUUCGAAAACUAAGAUGUCGUUUCUAGAAGAUACACUUAUAAUAUUAAUUUCACAAACAAUUUUCUUCGUCGGCGGGUGGAUAUUUUUUGUAAAGCAGCUAUUCCGUGAUUAUGAAGUUCAUCAUACACUAGUGCAGCUCAUAUUUUCAGUGACAUUUGCGUUGAGCUGUACAAUGUUUGAACUUAUAAUUUUUGAGAUAAUAGGGUACUUAGAGUCAAGUUCUAGAUAUUUCCAUUGGAACAUGGGUCUCUAUUUCUUGCUGUUCAUGGUGAUAGCACUCAUCCCAUUUUAUAUUGCUUACUUCUGCAUCAGUAAUGUGAGAUUUGUGUCGAAGAACAUGAUAAGGCCCUUGACGAUGUUUGUUUGGUUCAUUUACCUAUACUUCUUCUGGAAAAUCGGAGAUCCAUUUCCUAUUCUCAGUCCAAAACAAGGUAUAUUUUCAAUAGAACAAGGUGUGUCUCGGAUUGGAGUGAUAGGUGUUACAGUGAUGGCAUUAUUAUCUGGAUUUGGUGCGGUCAAUUACCCAUACACUUCAAUGGCUAUAUUUAUAAGGCCCGUUACGCAGUCAGAUGUUCUAUCAAUAGAAAAGAAACUUCUCCAAACCAUGGACAUGAUAUUAGUUAAGAAGAAAAGGAUAGCAUUAGCGGAGAAUAACAGUAUGGGCCGAAACCAGUAUAUGAUGGACCAGUCUAAUGCGAAGAACAAAGGGUUUUGGACCAAUAUUUUGUCCAGCGUUGGGAGUAUUGCUAACCCAUUGAGCCAGGGAAGCGAGAACAUAAAUCAAUUACGUCAAGAGAUAUCCAGCCUGGAAGAGUUAAGUAGGCAGCUAUUCCUAGAAGCACACGAUGCAAGAACAAUGCGAGAGAAGAUAGAAUGGUCUAGAACGUUCCAGGGGAAAUAUUUCAAUUUCCUCGGUUAUUUCUUCUCGUUGUAUUGUAUUUGGAAGAUAUUUAUUUCAACAAUCAACAUAGUGUUCGACCGAGUGGGCAAAAAGGAUCCCGUUACACGUGGGCUCGAACUCGCCGUGUUGCGGCUGGGAGUGGACAUCGACGUGGGCUUCUGGUCGCAACACGUGUCCUUCCUGUUGGUGGGCUGCAUCGUUCUCACCAGCAUACGAGGGUUACUGCUCACACUCACCAAGUUCUUCUACAAAAUAUCGUCAUCGAAAUCAUCAAACAUAAUAGUCUUGAUACUUGCACAAAUAAUGGGGAUGUACUUUUGUUCGUCAGUCCUGCUGAUGAGGAUGAACAUGCCCCCGGAGUACAGGAUAAUAAUAACACAGGUGCUGGGCGAUUUGCAAUUUAACUUCUAUCACAGGUGGUUCGACGUGAUAUUCCUCGUAAGUGCCUUAACGAGUAUAUUCACACUGUACUUGGCUCAUAAACAACCAUCCGUUAAUUAAAUUUUAUAAUACUAAUGCAUUUCCGUAAUUAAAUAUAUGAAGACGUAUACUAGGUAGGGUUUCGUGCGAGCCCGUCAGGGUAGGUAUCCAUUCAUUAGAUAUUCUACCGAUAAACAAUGUUUAAUAUUGUUGUAUUUCGGUUUGAACGGUGAGUGAGCCAGUGUAACUAAAGGCAAAUGAUACAUAAAGAUUGGUGGCGUAUUGGCGAUGUUAGGAAUGGUUAAUAUUUUUUUUUUACAUCGCCAAUGUCUAUAGGCGGUGGUGACCACAUACCAUCAGGUGGCCCGUUUGCCUACUUCAAACAUAAAAAUAAAUAUAAGUAUAUAAAAGUGUUGUCUCAUAUAUUUUUUUUUAAUUUGUUACAUCAAUGAACAUUUUAAUAAUAUCCUAUAAUAUCCUGGGAUAUUAUUCACACACGGCCAUCUGAUCCCAAACUAACCAGAGCUUGUACUAUAGAAACCAGACAACUGAUAUACUACGUAUACUAUUUUUAUUUUGUAAAUACAUACUUUUAUAGAUAAUUACACCCAGACUCAGGACAAACAGACAUGUUCAUGCAAACAAAUGUCUGUCCUGAGUGGGAAUCGAACCCACAACCUUCGGCGUGAAAGGCAAGUAUCUACCAACCACGCCAACCGGCUCGUCACUUUUACACGUUUAAGUCACUAUACACAUGAUGGUACCUUCAAUUCUCAAGUUUUAAAACUUUAGAAGUUAUAAACGUAAUGUUUGAAUGACCUUUGUAAACAAAUAAGUAAUCAACUCUAAUACAUAAAACUGAUAAUUACUUAAAAUAAUCUUUUUGUUUCACGAUACCUUCCACUUAUAUCCUUCAUAUACGAUAGAUAAUUAUUACAUUGCUGAGCAAUAAAUAGUCCUUAUCUCUUAAAGAAUUUUUAUGGGCAUAUUCAAUACUAUGAAUUAAGUAUCUAAAAUUUUCCAUAAAACAGUGAUAUCAGCUUAAAAUGAUUUCGUUUUCAUUUAAAAUAUGGUAUGAAUACCAUGAAGGCAUUUGCAAAAUUAUCUUUGGUAUAACCUGUGCUAUUAAAAAAGGUUUAUCAAUGACGUAUUAUAUCAUGCUACCUCACUCGAACACUAUACGCUUUUCUGUUACCACUUUUAUGGUUGGGAAAAAAAUCGCUAAAUAAAACGGUUUGAAUUUAGAUUUCAUCCCGAUAAGUAUUUUUGUUGUAAUAUGUGAAAUGGUUUCUCGUAAAACAGGCAAACUGUAAUUUUACAAAACACUUUUGAAAUGGUACCGAUUUCGGCCACGGCGGCCAAUCUCAAGUGAGAUUAGCCAACUACGCAGAAGAUAUUAUAGUGCACAAGUGUGCGCGCAAACACAAGUGCACUCUCUAUUCCCUAACUCUCAUAAUCCGAUGGGACGGCAAUCCGACACGACCGAAAAGAGUUCAGGCGCAGGACUAACGGCUUUACGUGCUUUCCGAGGCACGGGAGUGUAGUCAUUUCCAACUUCCAGACUCCGGGCUGCUACUGAAAAUUUUCUGACAGAAAAACCCAAUAACUUUUUAGUGGCCCGACCUGGGAAUUGAACCCAGAACCUCGGGGUCUGCGGCCUUACAUCAAGCCACUAGACCAACGAGGCAGUCAAAUGACCUGUAAUAUAUAUAUAUAUAUAUAUAACAAGAACUAGGAACUUUCUGACAAAAUAUGCUCACGGAGAUGAGUCAAAGUCAGUCAGUCAAAGUUAAAAAUUGGCUCACUCACCUUUCAACUUCCAAUUAAUGUUUAGCGGUAUAACAAAUUAGGUGCUAUAUAUCCAAACGAAACCCUAUCACCAGUAUUCUUGUUUAGUUUGACCAUUUACAAACAUAAUAAUAUAUAUAAUAAAACUAUCUAAGCUGAGAAAUAUUCUAGUUUAACUUUUUUAAAGUAUUAGGGUUAGAGAUUACUAAAGUCAUCAGUCAUGUGAAGACUAAGCAGAAACAUACGGCCUUACUUAUAAACGUUGCUUAGCGGGUGAUUAGUUAAAUAAUGCUGUCUUCUUCCUUUGCAUGUCAAAUUAAUAAUGACAGAAAGAGAGAAAUCAGUGUUUAACAGAACAGUCGCUAAGCAACGUUUAUAAUUAAGGCCGUUUGUAAUUAAGACUGACAGUCUAGUGUUUAAGUAUUAAGAUUAUGUUAAGAUCAAGAAAUAUGUAUAUU